AGAUACGCAGCCGGAAAUGCUUUCACGCUGUUUUUGAUGUGUUCUCUGUGAAUUUUCUGUAUUUUCCGUGUGUUUUACGAGCUUUUCCAGCCGCACAAUGAGCAAGGAUCAAAGAUCCGAGAGUGUUAAAGUGGUGUGCAGUAUAAAUCCGAGUAUUCUCAAGCAAUUGGGACUAGAUGGGCAGAUUAAGAGUGCCCUUGCUAAGGCUUCAACCGGCGCUUUUGAACAGCCAACGGUCAAUGGGACUGAAGUGUGGGGCCAGGAGAUGUCCAGAAUGUCUGGCAGCAGUGUGGCGAGCUCGUCUGUGGAACCCCGGAAACUCACGCAGAAAGUGUGCACAGCGGAGAGGAAGGAGGAAGUCGUGGCGCCUCAGAAGAAAAUUCUGGUGAUUAAACAGGAAACUGUGGACUCAAAUCUUGCGACGGAGAUUCUUCAGACGCUGCCCAAGAAUGACAGGAUUACAAAUAUCAUCGAGGGAAGGUUGAAAGGCCUGCCGGAGAGUAAACAUGAGCUUCCCGAGGCGGAAGGCGAUGUUGUUCUGGAGGAGAUCUGGCCAGCUCAGGAGCAGGAGUAUGUGGGAGAAGUUGUGGAGUUUCAGGACAAUUUCUAUCAGCCAGAAAUUUAUCAGGAUGGCGAAGUGUAUGAAUAUGUGAUUGAGCAUCAAGAGGAAAUCGAGGAACCUCUUCAGGAGAACUCUCAAGAUAUCCAGGAAGUUCAGGAAGUUGUCAUAGAAGAGAAGAUUAACUCAGACUCUGAAGAUAGCUUUCUGGGUUUUUGCACACCAGCCGAAAAUCCUGAGGAAAAUCCCCUUGCGAUGCCAAAAUCACAGCCUCGUCUCUACAGAUCGCUGUCAGACACAAUAGCAACUGUGAGAUCUAGAAUGUCAAUCCACAGAGAGGCGAAGGAGCUGGCAAAGUCUCUAGUGAGGAUCCCAGAGAGUCCUGGAGAGUCUGAAGAGUCGGCAGAGAGUGCAGAAACUUCUGAAGAAGAGGAGUCAUUCAAGGGAUUCUCCGAAGAGUCACAAGAUGGGAGGAUAAGUUUCCUCUUCAAGUACAUGGACAAAGAGAGAGUCAUCAAGGAUAUUUUGGCACUCAAGAGGAACUCCUUGGAUGGAAUGAUGGAUGAGUCUUUCGAGGAUAGCGAUGAGGAGAAUCCAACAAAUCCAAGUCCUGGUGAACCUGAAGGGGAAGAAGAUGCAGGAGAUGCACUUGGAAGCGCUCAUGAGAGUCCCAGGGAAGAUAUCAGGCAUUCCUUCAUUAUCACUGAGAUCGAGGACAUAGCGGAACCUCAUGUAGUUAAAUCUGAGCAACAGGAAAUAUUUCCGACCAUAAAUCCGCAAAUUCCCAUGGAAGAGGAAGUCAGAGAACCUGAAAUAGAGACUGAAGAGUAUCCAGAAAUUCCGGAAAUCAGGAUGAACAGUUUUUCGACAAGAAAUACUGAAAUUCCGAUGGAGAAAGAAGUCAGAGAACCAGAAAUAGAGUCUGAAGAAUCUCCAGAUGUUCCAGUAGUUCGAGUUAAAAUGGAGAAAACUACUGAAGAUAAUUUCUUCUUGCAGCCUGAAGAGCCUAGCAGGAGUACAAGAUCGAGAGGAAAAGUAAAGCUUAAAGACAUCAGUGUUUUUCAGGAAACUCGCCGAAUUUCCAGAAGGUCUCUGAAGUCUCAAGAGGCUCCGGAUGUACAGGCAGCGCAGGAAAGUGAAGCUGUAGAGGAAAUUCCCGUGAAAAGGAAGGCCGAAUUGAUGAAGCAAGAGCCGAAGCGUCAGAAAGUGUCCAAGAUCGCGUACAAGACUGUGAUUUGUGGUCGAUGCCAGGCCUCUGUGGCCUCAAAUGCCUGGUAUAAACACUUGUUGACACACAACGGCGUGGCGUGGAAGGAGAGCGAAGAGCAGCCCAUUGACUUCCAUGAUGACGAUGUGCGAGCCAAAGUCAUCCAGAACUUCAUGCGGAAACACCGCCUCAGCCAAGUGAGGUGCGAGAAGUGCAAAGACGUUCGCAAGUCGGGCGUUGGGCUCGUGAGUCACGAGAGAACGUGUGGGAAGUCCUCUGACGAGGUGAAGGAGACGAUGACGACGUGCGAGCACUGCUCAAAGCGGGUGCUGCCAUGCAGCUUGAAGACACAUCUGGCCAAUCACUGUUCCGUGCUGAGGAAGCUGCAGGCCAGCGAGGCUAGUGAGAAGCAGGCGGAACAGCUCAACACCACGGACACAGAGGCUGAGUACUCAGCUGCUGGACGGCUGAAGAGGAAGAGCAAGAGAGUGGCUGAGGCAAAGUUCCGCAGAGAUUUGAGUCCUGACGACAGCGAACCGUUCACGAGGAGUGAUUCUGACGCUUCAAUAGGAAUGGAAUCUUCGGAUUCUGAUGGAUCUAGUGGCGUCUCGGAGAUUAGUGAAGGGAAUCCUAGUGAUUCCGAGGAGGGUUCCAGAAGCAAGACGAGCAAGAAGAGGAGAUUAAAGAAGAAAUCGAGUCUUUUGGAGUCUAGGAAUAGGACUCUAAACGAUUCUAUGAGAAAAGCCUACACUGGAAGAUCAUGGUCUGAGUGGAGAGCGAUGAGCAGGAAAGACUUGAUGCUUUACUACAAGAGCAAUAUUGAUCAAUUCCGCAGCAUAAAUCAUAAAAUUGAUCCCAUUUUCACUGAUUGGAUGCCUAAAAUCUUGCCUACCGCUGAUAAUGAGGUGUUUAGAGAUUACCUGCCAAAAUCCACCACUUCCAUCUCCUAUGAUCAACACAAAGUGGCCAAUUACAAAGUGUCCUUCGGCGGAGCAUCCAGCAGAAACAUGUCGACACUUGAGCGCUUCGAGGGCGUCUGUGACGGCACGAAUCCUCCAAUUUUCUACUGCGGUGCCCCAAUAUUGUCACUAGACUGGCUGCCUUGUCCUCCGGAGGCGAUUCGGGGAGACAUUGUGGCCAUCUCGUGUGCCUCCAGCUUUCGCAAGCACUACGAAUACUCACACGGUGAUGCGGAGAAGACAACUAUUCAGAUUUGGAGCGUUGAGAGCGAUAAUGUUUGCUUUCUCUAUGGCAUCGCAUACGAUUGGGGACCGGUGUUCUGUCUGAAGUUCUGUCCAAGCGGAGGUUUCUCACCUGCCGGCCGGCUGGGAUUAUUGGCCGCGUCCUCGUGCAACGGGAAAAUCGCUAUUUUUGCCCUGCCGAUGCCGCCAUUGGGCGGAAAGGUGGUGAAAUUGCCACCAUCUGUGAUGCUGGAGAGUCGACAAGAGAGCUUGGUGACGAGAGUGGCGUGGUCGGAGAUGACGGGACACAACUAUGUGGCCGCAGGUCUGUCCAGUGGCCGAGUGUACGUGUGGAAAUUGGACGUUGAGUCGCGAUUGCUGAAGCGACAGAGACCAGAUCGACAGAUUAUCUAUCCCAAUCGCACCAUUUAUGCGCAUCUUUAUCCCGUGACGGCGUUGAUCUUCGGUCGUCUGGAAGACAGAAAUCUGCUGCUCAUGGGCAGUGUUGACAAGACUGUGAAGAUCUUCGAUGUGAUCGCGGACGCUGAGAUCUCCACGCUGGCCUGCAAGAGUCAGAUUACCUGUGCUGCCUGGCCACUUAAUUGGCCUAUGUACGUGUAUGGGAUUGACAACAGCUAUCAGUGGAAUCGCACAGAAGUGCAACUGAAACAGCCCUUCAACAUACCAUACGAAGAUGCCACGCUGAUUGUUCAUACGCAAGACAUCACGGAUCUUUCACUGAACGAGUGGAGGAACGCUCUGAUCAUCAGCACGGAGUCUGGAGAUAUUUGCGCCAACCUCCGGCCCUUCUACUCGCCACUGAGCAAGAAGUCCGAUCUCAUGAGACGCAUCAUUGGCUACACAGACUCCAUCCAGAUCACGGAAACCAACAGUGCAAUGCACGAUGAGGAAUCGCUAAACUAUAGCAGUGAGAAUUGCGGCAUAAUCUUCUGCGAUUUUCAAAGAGAAGUGGACUUGAAAGCUACAAAGGCGCACAGAACACGGCACAUCGCUGACUAUCCACUCACGAAGAUCAACCGGGUCGUCUUCAAUCCCAACGAGAGGAACCACACGCUGUACGCCAUCGGCUACCAGGCGGGCUUCGUGAGGGUGUGCGGACUGGGUGACUAG